AUAAUUCCCCAGAUCCAGAUUCAGAUCAAUUUAACAUAGAGGACUAUGAACCCGAUCCGUCCUGGAAUGAACCUUCCCAAACUGACGACUACGAUCUUGUCGUGAUUCCCACAAACCUGCCGCGGACUACGACCACUGACUCCGCCUUUCUGCUUCCACCUGGCGUCAGAACCACAACAACAGAAUCUGGACCAAGAAAAACCACCACUGAUUCUGCUCUUGCGGCCCGGUCCACCCAGUACGGUGAAGUCCUGAGCAACUCUGGGAAGACCACCCAUCGUAGUACCUCCACUUCGCCACCAGAGGUCACUAUAGCACAAGGAAAGAAGGGCAGUGCUUCAUCUUACUCCACCACGACGUCUUCGUACCCAAGUGUGAAGACGGGCGGUGUCCUUGGAGGUCCAAAGACUCCCCAAGGGGGCGCCAGUACUGCUCCUCCGACGUUUACAAGCACAAAAACAAAAGGUGGUAAAAGUAUUUCGUCAUUUAGCACCACCACCUCCUCCACGUCCCGUAAAGGAGACACGAGCAGAACACCACCACCCUUCAUCCACGCCAAGACUGAUCCAGGAGUGGCACGUCCCAACAACGAAGGCACAACUACGGAUUCUGGGGUUCCUGCUGGAUCGGGAGGUUUCCCGGGGAUCAGAGCAGGAACAGGAAGUUCCACCGCACAGCCUUCCUCCUCAGGUGGAGCGGUUCCACGCAGGACAACAAGUCCCAGCAUGCCUCAUUUUAAGUCUUCCAGCACUACUGUGCGUCUGAGUGGCGUUCUCUUGCAGACCACACAGCCGCUGUCCAACGACGCCAGUAACAGCAGCCACGAGUCCAGGGUGGGAUCCAUCAGGGACAUGGAGAGGAAGGCUGUGGUUCCUCUGGCGGUCAUCUCCACCCUCACCAUCCUCGGCCUGGUGGUCCUCAUCGGGAUCCUCAUCUACUGGAGGGCCUGUUUUCAGACGGCCCACUUCUACAUCGAGGACAGCUCAUCGCCGCGAGUCAUCCCUGCUCAGUCCACGGUGGCGUUAAACGACGACGAACAAACAACGUUCCCCGUGAAGGACUUCGUCAAACACGUAACGGAGCUUCACGACACUCUCGGCUUUCAGCGGGAGUUUGAGGUACGGAUCAUUCCCACAUUAAAAGAAGAUCUCUGCAGGGAGUUUGUUUGUUUGUGUGCACCUGUGUCCUGUUGAUGUGUGCAUGCUGCAUGACGGAGCCAGAGCAGGUCUAGACCGUCCUCUAUGUUCUAUCAUUAACA